AUGAACGCCAGCGAGAUGAGAGGAGACUACGAGGAUAAUGUGAUCAGAUCGUUAACACUGAACUGUUCAGGAGCCGGUGCAGUGUGCCCUGUUCAGGAUAUGACGCUGGAGAUAGUCAAGUUAACUUUAAUAGGAACUUUUCUCCUCUUCGUGUUCCUUACAAGUAUUUCUCUAAACUCUUUUGUAUUUCUUCUAUUUUACAAGAAGUUCAAAUCAUUUACAAUUUCAAAUUGUUUCCAGCUCAACUUAACUGCUUGCAAUUGUUUGACUGCUUUAAUAAUUAUUCCUUUUGCCUUUGCAAGUUUGAUAUAUGGAGAAUGGAUCUUCGGACUUGUGUGGUGCCAGGUGACUGGUUUUGUUCUCAAUUUUGUAUUUGCUGCAAGUACACUGACUCUGGUUGUGAUAUCAAUUGACAGAUACUGCGCUAUUGUCUCUCCUUUGCACUACCGGAUGAAGAUCACAAGAAUUCGUUGCUAUUUCAUGAUCGGUGCUGUUUGGGUUAUAGCUGGGAUUAUUUCAAUCCCGCCCGUCGUUGGAUGGAACAAGUUUGAGUUCCGCACUCACAAGAUGAUCUGUACAGUGAAGUGGGACAGUGACAACAAAUAUGAUUCUUACUACAAUCUGUUCCUCGUAUGCAUAUGUUUUGCUCUUCCGCUGAUCGUCAUGGUGUGGGUCUACUCUGUAAUCUUCCGGGCUGCAAAGCUAAUUAGCCAGAAGACUCGUCGCAACAGUUUAGUUCCCAGAAUACUGGAAGAGACAAAUCAGAGCCCUACAAUACUGGACAAACGACGUCGAAGCAGUACUGCUCCAAUACUGGGACGGAAAUUCAGUGUGCACAAGCUUGGUACCCUCCUUUGGUACCGGGAUGAAUGGCGAACGGCUGUUACCAGUAUCAUAGUCUUUCUUACCUUCAUCGGAUGCUGGUUGCCUUACUUCACGGUCAUCAUCCUGGAAACCGUUCUUCGAAGUGAUUACCAAGUGCCACCGUUUGUACAGACAAUGUCUAUUGCUCUUGCCCUUGCCAGCUCGGCAAUGGAUCCUCUGGUCUAUGUUUUUAGAAGUCACAAAUCGCGACAAGAACUUCGUGAGAUCUUGCUUCGUAAACACGCAGCAAGUUCCGAGUCUAUUGCCAAACAGUAUAUGACACAAGAGGUUUACGACCCGUUAAAACAGAGAAGCUCAGUGCAACUUUUGGAUGAAAAAUGUGCUCCCUACUUCACCAGAUGAACUAAGUCUGCCUUAUCUGUAUAAGUGCACAUUUAUCUGAUGUCAACUCUUGAGAAGGAUGUGUAUGUCCAAGGAUAUAGGUUGACAAGAGGAGUAGGGCAUAUGUAACGUUGAAUGAUUCUUGCUGAAGAGAACUACCGAACGUUUUACUUGUCACGUAUACGAAGAAGUCAGUCGAUGAAAGUACUGAAUGAGGUAUCAAGUGAAAGUGGGACAUGUUUCCAAAGAGGCUGACAUUUGCGAACUGAACGGCUAAACACCUGAACCCUGUUUGAAGUAGGUAAUCAAAAAGGUGUAUUGAUUACCGGAUAAAAUGUGAAUGUUUUACAAAGGGUGCCAACCGUAGAGCUGGAUGCGCUCACAUUUUUGCAAACACCUGUUACCAUCACCCUUUGGCAGCGAUGGUCAUGAUAUAGUUGGAACUUUAUAAUCGACUCUGCUUUUGGAAAAUGUUCCUUGUGAGUAUGGAAAGGGUUUUGACGCUUGUAUUGUAUAUGUCAGGAUUUGCGUCACGGUAUGAACGCCCUUUGACGUUGACAAAAUGUGAAAUGAACAUUUGUAUUUUUAGACUGGAUUUUCUAUUUUCCAAGGAAAUGAACUGUACUUAUAUUUGACAAUCAUUUCUCAAAUAUGUGAUACCCGUUUAUUUUGUGAAUAAAACAUGUAAACUAUAUUUGAUAUGUUGACAUGGGAAUGUGAAAUGUGGAUUUACAUUAUAUUUUCACUGAUGUUAAAUGGUCACAGAAAAAUGAUCAGUCAGAGACAAAAUAUGAUUGAAGCUGAGUAACGUUGAAUUUAAUGUAGAUAUUAUUGAUUAGCUCUACUAUGUAUGGCUUGUACGACAUACAUUGCAAAGAUAUUUUUAUUUGUGUCGCCCUCCACCUAUUAUCAAGAUUCAUAAAGAAUUCAUAAAAGUUACAUAAUAAUGUACAUGUUAAAGAAACCCUUCUACCGCCAGAAUAGUCUUCAGAUUCAAUCGUGUCUCACAAUGGGAUUCCCUACAGUCUGUGAUUGAGCGUUAAACAAAAGGAAGGUAUUGGGGGCAUGGUUACAAGCUCCUGUGUACAGGAAGAGUUUUUGGUUAUAUUUUAUUUGCAUGUACUUUGUGAGAAUGCUGAAAUGCCAAAUAUUUUCCUGCAUUCAAAACAAAAAAAAAUUUAAACCGGCUAUCGAUUUAUCACCAAUUUCCAUGCAUAAGAAUUGGUCGACUUUAAAUUAGUGCACAGCUGGCUUCGUGACAAAAUGUUAAUUAACUUCCGGUGCAUGUAGUGGAACAGUUUCAGUGAAGUAUUUUACGAUUAAAGAGUGGGAUGUUCAUAUGAGUGCUUGGUUAACGACAUUUCUUCCCCAAGGGAAGUCCGUGAUGAUAGAUCGUGAUACAGUGAUGUGCUGCUUGUGCUGCUGUGUUCCAGUUGUCGUUUAUAUAUCUGAUGUUAAAUAUAUCAUAUUAAUUUGUUAACUUUUAUAUGUCGGGUCACACACCACCACGCACUCAUGAUCAGUGGUGCUUCGUAAUAAAAUGUCUGAAACU